AUGAUUGCAACCGCGUGUGCGCUCUACAGAGAGGUGCUCGGGAUUAAAAGGGGGAAGAAAAUUCACCACUAUGUGUUUGUCUACAAACGUAGAUCAGCUGCACGAUCGUUUGUCGGGACAGCCGUGGGGGAAGGCGAAGCACGCCAUGGUACAAGCGCGAGUCAAGGGGAAAAAAAAUGCUUGCGACAUUUGGUCAGACUGGAAAGGGAGUUAUAUGCUUUGUUGAAGGUGAGCAGGUGGGAAGAUCAUUUGCUGUCCCCAUCGGACAGAUUGCGCAGUGGGGCGGCGUCGAAUAGGGACAAAGGGUCCCCGCAGAAUGCAGCGCCAAUGGAGGCGCCAGGAGAACUCUCAAUUGAAGUCCCAGUGGACGCCCCAGUAGAAGCCACAGUAGAAGCCACAGUAGACUCCCCAGUCGACGCCUCAGUGGACUCCCCACUCCAGAUCCCAAACCGCCUGAACAAGUCAGUUCGAAAAUUGCACAAAUGGACCCCCUUGGAUAGUAAAAGAAACAGCAUUAUAGCCAGAACGGUGGAGGAAAAACAAAUCGAAGAGAUGCUCAAUCGUAUGUAUACCCUAAUGAGUAGAACCGCCUUGAGCAAAGUUCUCCAACUGAGCGAACAAGUCAGCAACAAGGGUCUGUACAAGACGAUUUUAAUGAAGUACCUCCAUAAGAUUAACAGGAGGGAUAGAAGGGGAGUACCCCGCGGAGGGAGCAUCAGCUGGAGAGAAGGCACGACGAACCAGUUGUUAAGCCUCUUCCAUAUGUGUGCAGACUACUACGUCCGCAUGCAGGAGGAUAGGAGCGGCGACACGAGGAUACACACCUGUGAGGGGAACCAAUUUGAGGACACCCCCAAUGUGUGCAGAGAGGUAAUUGCAGCCCUCGCACAGGCACUUCGCAAAAAGUUGGUCCGCUUCAAACUGAGGGAAAUGAACGAUUUGGUAACGGCUCUGCUUCGACUGAGAAUGGUUGACCCGUUUGUGGUGAGUGAGGACACCACGAAUGAUCUGAUGGAAAGGUUCUCCUCUCGACUGUUCCGAGUGAACUGUGCUGUGAUGGAAGCGGGGAGAGGUGGAACCAGAAGUGAGUGCGCAGCGGUGGAAACAGGAGGCGGCAGCAAAGACAGAGACGCUGGCCACGUUGUCGAUGAGGAGGGUACACCGGCGGUAUUUUCAAAAGGAGAAGCGGGGCGCGCCCCCCCCUCUUGCGCACCUCCAUCUGGAGCGAUUAACCUGGGCGAUUUGGCCAAACUCCUGUACCAACUUGUUACGAUACAGAAGCGUCGUAUGAGUCAGAAGGAAGACUCAUCUUCGGACAGAUUCACAAAGGAGCAGACAAACCUAGUGAAUGCUAUCCUCGCGUAUUCAAAAAAUGAGAUUAAAAAUGGCACAGAUGUUAAGAAUAAGCUCUUCUGGCCAAGUUGCACUUCCCUUCUUUACAGCUUAACCGUUUUGUAUAGCAAAAAAUGGCACACGGAUUGUAUAGAAAUAUAUGACCACGCAGUGAGGACAUAUGAUGAAUGUUUCGAUGUUGACUUAGCCGAACUGGUUAGCCUUCACUGCUACGACUUCAGCAACUUCGGGAAGGAGCACUGGCCUGAGGAGGAGGUGAAGAGAACAUGUCUUCUUCGGAGCAUUUCCCAUUUUUGCAACUCCAAGGCGAUAUCGAUUAGGUUCGUCCUUUCCAUGAAGGAGCAGCCCGCGGAGAGGCACACGUUCCUCUCCCUUGAGGAGUUAAUCAAGCUGACGUACGCCGUGACCUUUUUUUACAAGAAAACGGAAUCGUCAGAGGAGGAGAUAAGAACGAAGUGGAGUCACCGUGUCAGGGGAGUCAUCUCGUCAUUGCUGCUUCUCACGGACGGGUUAGUGGAGCGCGCCGUUUUGGAUGUCCUUCCGGUGGGGCGGCAAAAUGAUACGGACGAGGGAAACACACGUGGCCGCGCCCUCCUCAAACGACUGAGCCAUUUAGCAAAUGUAUACUACGAGCACCACAUUGGGGACAUGAAGGUCCUCUGCGCCAUAACCGUCUUAAUUAGCAAAUGCAGGGAUGUCGAUCUGGUCGUCCUGAGCAACAUCCUAAAUAUAUUUACAAAAUUAGACUUUUCCUACGACGGUUAUUUUGUUUGUUUUUUCUUUUCGAACUGUUUGGGGAAGGGAUACCUGGGUGAGGAGGUCUUGCGAGCGUGCUUUUUCCAGCCGAAUGGGGGUAGGCAACCUCCGUUGAGCGAUCACACUGAUGAGAGAAACGCCGUCCAGAAGGAGAAGGAAAAAAAACCGAUGGCCUUCUACAUAUGGAGAGCUUUCAUCAAAUGCGUGAAGAGGAGUGUGGCGGACAAGCAGAAGUGGAAGGACCUCUCCCCCGUGAAUAUCACCAAACUGGUGAAUGGGCUGAUGCAUUUCAAGUGCCUGGAUAAGCAGUCCAUAGAGGUCCUCACGAAGAUAAUAUUAGCGCAGUAUACGCGGGGGGAAGCAGUUGGGAUUAUAAACGGGGCGUGUCGCAACGGAGAAGAAGCCUAUCAGAGAGCAGCUAAGGUAGCACACUUCAACCUGGUCUCGCUAGGCUCGCUCCUCAACUACAUGAGCGUGACUGACGACAUCCAGUGCUACGAAGCGAAGAUAAAGCUCGUUAAAAUGAUAGCAGAGAAAGUAGUGAACCGGGAGAAUUCGUUCGAUGCGAGGUUGCUAUGCAGCAUUUAUAUCAGCUACGCCAGAUUGAAUAUACAUGACGUAGGUCUCUUUUACUUAAUAAGGAAGAGACUUAAAUCGAGUCAGUUAAACGAUCUGAACCUUUUGAGUAUGCUUUCCUAUAUGAAUAAAGCGGGAAUAUAUGACGAGGGACUUCUUCGCACUUGCUUUAAUAACGCCUUUACCAAGUGGAGAAACAAAACGAAGCAACGAUUGUCCUAUGCAGUUCACCUUUUAUUCAUCUUAACCUCCAUAAGUCAGACUUUCCUCUUUGAUAGUUUCCACAAAAUUAUGUGUUGCGCGUUGGAAAUCAUUUCAUAUCUGUACAGUGUGUGCAAGGAUGAGGAGGAAACAGAAAAAAGAAGAAAAAAAAAAAAAAAAUUAUCGUACAACUUCUUCUCCAUGUUGCUUAUCAGUCUGCACACUUUUUACCACUUCUUCUUGGACAUCCACUUGGGGGGAAAUGCCGGAAGAGUGCUAGACAGUGUGAACAGAGACUAUCUGAACAUGUUUCAUUUUUUUUUAUGUCAACAUUGGGAAUCGGUGGAGGGGAUGGGCGCCACCAAUUCGCAAAUUCAGAGGAAUGUACUGACCGCGCUGCGCCAGGUGGUGAGUAAAGAUGUCUGCAUCUCCUACGAGUACGCCUUGCGCGGCACGCCAUACCUGGUUGACAUGGUACUGCACCGGGGAGGCGCAACUUGCCCAACAUUCUUCAAAUUUUUACCGCCCCGCGCCUCCAUCAACAAUUGGCUAAUCCGUAGUAGCAGUUCGCAUAAGACCGAAAUGGAGUUAACCCUUGGCGACUCUCCCCACACCGCUACGUGUAAUUCCCCCGUACUGCAGUAUGUCCCCUUUAAAAUCUGUUUUCAUUCCCCAGCAUACAAAAAGGGGAAUGAAAAGUCAUGCCCCCACAAAAUGCAGCAGUGA